AUGUACCAUAAAGUUCAGGUCGGCCACCCAGCGCCAGAUUUCAAAGCGACUGCAGUCGUGGAUGGGAGGUUCAAACGUGAGAUGAUCCAUCACCAAAAGGAAAAUGCCUAAGGGUGCUGAUGUGCCAAACAGACAUCUCUCUUUCCUCAUACGUGGAUGCCAAUCACUGGCUCAUACUGGUGUUCUUUCCAAAGGCAUGGUCGUUCAUUUGCCCAACGGAAAUCAAAGCCUUCAGCGCCCGCCUCGACGAGUUCCUCUACAAGCGCUCUUGCGCUGUCGUCUUCUGCAGUACCGAUAAUGAGCAUUGCUUGAAAGCUUGGAAUGAUACUGAAGAGAUGGAGGGCGGUCUGGGAGGCGUCCACAUUCCCCUUCUCAGUGACAUCAAUCACAAGAUAAGCCGCGAAUAUGGCGUUCUGAUCGAAGAUGAGGGGGUUGCUCAACGUGCCCUCUUCAUCAUCGACCCAAAGGGCAGGAUUCGCAACAUCACGGUCAACGAUGCCGAUGUUGGCCGCAGCGUCGACGAGGCGCAACGGAUCCUCGAUGCGCUCAUCUUCAAGGACGAAUUCGGCGAGGGAUGUCCAAUCGACUGGAAAAAAGGCGACAAGGGGAUCGACGUCAAGACCAAAACUAGCGUUGAUGGAAACUAUGAAAUCCCUAAGCGCCUUACGAAUGGCUGGACCUCCUGGGCACGACCAAAGCUGUCGAGAGCUUGGAGCGGUGCAUCCGCGCAUUCGAUUACGGGCGCAGCUAAUAAGCCUGUCGGUAUAGCACCUACCUCAGCAGGUCAGACGCCUGCAGAGAGAGAUCGCAGUCACUCCAACUUAGGCAGCUAUCCAACCCUGUCCAGCAGCGCCACGAGCGUGGACCACAGUCCCAUUGGCAGCCCUACCUCCAUGAAUACCAAGACAUUCGAGGUUCAGCUGGACGAGGCCAUCAAUGCGCAGAAGAACACGCAGACCAUGCUCGAUAACAUGCAAGCGCAGAUGCACAACACUUCCUUGGGUGUUGGCGUUGCGAGCUAG